AUGCGCGAGCUCGGGUUGUACAUGCAACUCCUCAUGGACGGCCUCGUGACUGCCACCCUAGCCAAACAUCGGGAAUUCGAGCUCACGCUGAAGGAGGCCCAGAUCCUAGUCGCCCAGGCAGAGCGAGCCGUCAGAGACCCUACCGGCUGCGAGUACCUGUGGUGGACGUCGGUAUGGGCUCAAAAGCCCGGAGGGGCUGCCGGCUAG